AAAUCAUUCCAAAUUCAUUCCUGCAGUUGCUCGACUGAACACAGUGCAUUUACAGCGAGCACAGAUUUGGCUCAUACCUGACUUUGUCAGCAUUCACUGUGCUGUAACUAAGUAACAAGAACAGUGUCAUUAGAAGACAGAUGAAUAGCUUUCUUCAAGGUCAUCAGAGCACUGAGCACCUUUAAGGAGUGCAGGAAUCUGUGAAGAAGGAGUUGGGGAGAAGGACCGUGCUUGUUUUAGAGUCUGUGUAACAGAACUGAUAAGCUAUUCCUGUGAUGUGAUCAAAUGUGACUGAAUACUGCAGGCUCUUGGACUCUUAUUCUGUAAAAUCCUCAUCAGAGCAGCUCAGGAAGAGAUCGGAGGGAACAGCUUCUGCUGUACUGAGAAGAUGCUGGAGAGCUCUUCAAGCCUUUUGUUCAUUGUAUUGGUUGUGCUCUUCCUUCUGCUCCUCUUCACAGUGCUCAUCAAGAGAAACGGCACUGCUGCCCUUCUCUGGAAUGAAAUAAUCCGCGAGAAUAUAACCAACUUCAUCAUGAAUCAAAGCAAAGAACAGAGGAUUUUAAAUUUUGUGCUGCAGAAUGCAGUCAGAGGAGACCCCUCUAGUGUCGUGGACACUAUAGAUAAGUACUGCUCCGAGAAAGAGUGGGCCAUGAAUGUGGGCAGUGUAAAAGGUAAAAUUCUAGACAAGGUGUUGGAGGAGGUCAACCCUUCAGUUGUUCUGGAGCUGGGAACGUACUGCGGCUACUCGGCAGUGAGGAUUGCUCGGCUCUUGAAGGCUGGUGCUCGUCUUCUCACUAUGGAGUUCAACCCAGAAUUUGCUGCUAUCGCUAAACAGAUGAUCGAGUUUGCUGGAGUACAGGAUAAGGUGAACAUCCUUGAAGGCCCUUCAGAGGAACUUAUCCCUCAGCUGAAGAAAAAACAUGAAGUGGAUACUCUGGAUUUUGUCUUUCUUGACCACUGGAAAGACAGAUAUGCACCAGACACCAUCCUGCUCCAGGAGUGCAACUUGCUGAGGAAGGGCACAGUUCUUCUGGCUGACAAUGUAAUCUGCCCAGGAGCUCCAGAAUUCCUUAAAUACAUUCGCAACAAUCCCCAUUUCCAAUGCACUAACUACCCAUCUCGUCUGGAAUACAUGGCAGUGCAGGAUGCUAUGGAAAAGGCUGUGUUUUUGGGAUGAAGAAAGCCAUUAAUACUCAACUACUGGUUCAAAUUAUGUAAAUGCAACUGCACAGAUUAACUUGUCUAUGCUUUAAAUUUUGCUUUUUUGUCUUUUGGAGCCUUUAAUUAAAGCAAGCGAUAGUGGAAGUCAUUUUAGGCCAGGUGGAAAUUAUGAUCUGGAGUGUGUAAGUAG